AGCUCGAUCGGGUAGAAAUGUCAAGUUCCGACGACGAAGAUGUCUGUGUUGUCCUUGACAACGGGUCCUAUAGGAUCAAGGCUGGUUUUGCUGGGGACGACGAACCAAGGAGUUUUUUUCGGACGGUAGUAGGAACCCCUUUGUAUGAGGGACAAACGAUAUCUGGUAGACCACUGGAAAAGUGCUACAUAGGCGAUCAAGUGAUUGAAAACAUGGAUGCCUUGGAUGUUCGAAGACCCAUAGAGCGAGGAAUCGUGACUGACUGGGAUGUCAUGGAGACAGUAUGGCACCAAGUGUUCAAUGACCUUCAUGUAGAUUCUUCUGACUGUUAUGCGCUCAUAACGGAACCACCUCUGAAUCCAAAGUCAAACCGGGAGAAAAUGGCUCAAAUCAUAUUCGAGAAACUUCAGUCGCAAGGAAUGUACGCCCUUGGCCCUAAUGUAUUGACUCUGUUCUCGAGUGGACGAGGAUCUGGUCUUGUGAUAGAUUCGGGUUAUGAAGUAACAACUGUUGGGUGUGUAUUUGAAGGAUGGAAACUUACCCAAACCAUGUUUAGGUACGAUAUCGGUGGCAAUGAUAUAACUAAUUACUUAAUCGAACUUCUUGGGAAAUGUGGUUACUCGUUUACCACAACAAAAGAAAUAGAGGAAGUAAACAUGAUGAAAGAGCAAUGUGCUUUCGUUUCGGAAAACCCAGAAGCGGAAAAUAUGGACAACAUCAAAAAGGACUACACCUUGUCUAAUGGAUCUUCUAUAUCUCUUGGUUAUGAGAGGUUCCAGUGCAUGGAGGCUCUGUUUAAACCAAAUUUGAUUGGAAGUAAUGCUUGUGGUAUACACGAAAUGAUUGAGAAAAGUAUUAAAGCAUGUCCUGCAGAUAUAAUCAGUAUGAUGUCCUGCAAUGUUAUUCUUGCCGGAAGCAACACAAUGGUAGAAGGGCUGGUAUCUAGACUGACACGAGAAUUGCAGAAGUUAUUGCCAUCUACCAUACGAACCAAAAUCGUUGCUCCCCCUGAACGGCCCUUUUCAACCUGGAUAGGAGGGUCAAUUUUUGGGAGUCUUUCAUCGACGAGACAAAUUUGGACAAGACCAGCAGAUUAUGACGAGUUUGGUCCUAAUGUAGUUUAUAGGCCGGAGUAUUUCCUGUAUUGGUGAUAAAGAUGAUACGUGUGGCAUUCUGAAAUCUAGAUGUUAAUAGAGAAACAAGAAUUAUUCUUUUUACCAAGUAUAAGAAAUUAGGGUUAUAAUAACCUACUGUAUUGAGGUUAGUGUUCUUAUAGUUCCAGUAAUAGUUUCUUACAAAUU